AUGGCCUCAUCUAAAAUCAUUUUAGCCUCGUCUAUUCUCAUGGCUCUCAUGUUCUCUUCCAUGAUCACUUCAAGUAAUGCUGCAAAACAACUUGCCAAGAAACAUAUGUUAAGACGAAGAUUUUUUAGACCUCAUUUCCCCAAACCUGGUUUUCAUCUUCCAAGACCCGGUUUCCCAACCAAUCCAAUGCCAAUCCCUCAGUUCCCUAAACCCGGUUUCCCAGCUAACCCAAUGCCUAUCCCUCAGUUCCCAAGACCCGGUUUCCCAACUAACCCAAUGCCUAUCCCUCAGUUCCCAAGACCCGGUUUCCCAACCAACCCAAUGCCAUUCCCUCAGUUUCCAAGACCUGGUUUUCCAAGCAACCCAACACCCGGUUUGCCUCAGUUUCCGGGUCUUGGUGUCCCAAACUUCCCUCAAUUUCCCAGCCCUGUUUCCCCUUCUUACCCUCCUCCUGCAACACCUUCUGGAAACCUCAAGCCGGUUCCAUCCAUCUCAGCACCUCCCACCAUCAGCCCUUGA